UUCCAUGCAUGGAUUUCUCCUCCAAAUAUAGUCAAGCUUCCGAGUUAGAGAGAGAAACCCACUAGUGAGAGACAGAGAAACAAACGCUCGCUCACUCAUUCAUCACUCUCCUUCCUUCCUUCCUUCCUUUUCUAUUACUUUUUCUCCAACGCUUGUUCAUCCGCCAUCAUUAGCCACCAAGAUCUUGCUUGCUUUAAAUCACCUUGGAUUUUAGUGAAAUUCUCGAGAUGGGUUUGGUCUUUUCCCGCGGAAUUCGGGGAUUCGCAUCGAUAAGCUGAUCUGGGCCUUGCUGAUUUUCCUUCCUGAUAUCCUGUUUCAUCGCCAUUUGGAUUGUUAUCUUGUGCGUGAUGGGAUCCAUUAUUUCAGCUUUCUUGGAUGUUCUUUGAUCAGCAUCGAAGUUAGUGCCGUUUUGCUACGGUGAUCUGCGUGUUUUUCAUUUUCCCUUGAAUUAAUUGCGCCGAGUCGGAUGGAAGAAGAAGGUCGGCAAGUGCUGGAACAUGUGUGUAAAUUCUGCAGCAAGAGCUUCCCUUGCGGUAGAUCAUUAGGAGGUCACAUGAGGUCGCACAUCACCAAUUUUUCAACUGAAGCAGAGGAGAAACCUGCGACGGUGAAGAAGAUUCAAUCUGUCAUCAAUGCCGGAGCUGGAAGCAGUAAGGUUGCGGAGUACGAUCUCAGAGAGAAUCCCAAAAAGACUUGGAGACUCGCAGAUUCAAGAAGGGAAGAAACACCUCCGGUCACUGACGACAAAUUCUGCAAAGAGUGUGGCAAAGCGUUUCACUCUUGGAAAGCUCUUUUUGGUCACAUGAAAUGCCAUUCCGAGAAAUCUUCCAUUAACAACAACAACAACAACUUGGAGAAUCAAGAUUCUGCUAGCCAGAAAGUUGUCACAGAUAGCCAAUCAGACAACGAGGGCGCUGGCAAUCCUAACCGAAGAAGAAGAUCCAAGAGAAGAACGAGGUUCGUUGCCGCUGCUUCAACUUCCUCUCUAUCUUUUGCGAAUCCUUCGUCCUCUGUUUCUGAGGUUGAACAAGAGCAAGAAGAGGUUGCUAUGAGCUUGAUGAUGCUAAGCAGGGACGUGGGUCAGUGGAGCGGUUUGAAUCCUCUUUUCGACUCCUCCGAUAACAAUUCGGCAUUUUUCGAAGCUCGAUCUUCAGUGGUUCGAACUAAUCUGAGUACCAAAAUUGAAACGGGUAAAGUAAAACUGACUAUUGGCAGCAACUCUGAUUCUGCGGAUUUCAACCCGAAAGGAAAAAAACCAGAGAGUUUAGCAAGUAGCUCUCCGUUGAAUGGGUUCAAAUCGAUCAAAGCCACAGUUUCCAUUAAUGGGUUGGUCAAGAACUGUAAAGAAAAGAAGCAGGAGCUUGAUAACCAGUUGACAUUGGAGGAUUCUGAAGACGAACAGCGGAAGAGCGAGGCCAAUGGAACAGAACUAGAUUCAUCAGUGAAGAGAAGGUUUUCGGAUUAUGAGGUGAAGUCGAAUUGCAAGAAAGGGAAGUUCAAGUGUACAACUUGCAACAAGAUCUUCCACUCGUACCAAGCUCUGGGAGGCCACAGAUCUAGUCAUAAGAAGCUCAAAGGCUGCUCUGCUUCGAGAAACGAGAGUAGCGAGAACAGCAUAGAAACAGACCUCAACAAUGGGUAUGUAGUUCAAAAUCAAGAGCUUAUGGCUUGUGUCAAUUUGGAGAAUGAAGAAGAGGUAGUCACAGAACCCAAGAAGAACAAAGUACAUGAGUGUCCAAUUUGCCUGAAGAUUUUUCCAUCUGGCCAAGCUUUGGGAGGUCACAAGAGAUCUCAUUUCGCAGCUGAAGGGUCACUAGUACUAGAGAAACCAGUUCAGGGAAUCAGAGACUUUCUUGAUCUCAAUCUUCCUGCUUCUACAGAAGAAGAAAGCAACAGUCGAGUGGAGAAUUACCAGCCAUGGUGGGUGGUACAAGGCCAUCAUCAUCCCAAGCAGGAGGCACUGGUUGGCCUCAUAUCUAACUGAUAAGAGUGGUUCAGACGACUCAGAUUCAGGUUCGGCAAUGAUAUGAAGAUUCAAAAGCUGUAUAGACAACAAGUUCCUGCAUUCAUUUCAUUAAUUCUUUCAAGGUACUUCUUCUCGUAUUAUUCACCAGUCAGUUCAUGGGGACGAUGAACUCACAGCUUUUACUUUGCUGAUUUUUUUGGUUGGUAAUGGUAUUACUAUGAUAUGCUAUACUUUGUCAAUAGAAUAAGUCUCACCGGAACAGACUGUGCAUUACAUUUCUGUCUUCACAUGUACCUCUUUUUCCUGAUCUGUAUGAAACUCCAAAAGUGACAUGGUUGAGAGGUAAUUAUAUUUUCUUGGCAUCAAAGAGAAAUGAAUGAGGUGUUGAAAACAAA